GCUGUGAAGAAAUAAGCUCACCAUUUCAUCAUCACUACUGACCCUCAUAUAAAGCUACCCUCCCUCCCGCUCCUCCUCCCACCAACUCCAUACCAUUCUAUGCUGCAUGCUGUAACCAAAAUGCUCACAACCAACACCCUCCCCCCAUCCUUCUGCAUAGCCCAAGUCAUCGGCCUCAGCGGAGCGGCCUGGCUUUCCGGAACAAUCUACUCCCUAUCCUACAUCUCAAUCCCCACCCUCCUCACCUCCCACCAAGAACACUCCAUCCCCCUAUCCACCAUCACCAAACAAUGGGCCAUAUUAUACGAAACCGGGAAGAACCGCGUCCCGCCCAUCGCCGUCCUCACCGCCUCCACAUUCCUGUAUCUGGCGUGGUCGACGAGAGCAAGUACCGCGCUGGCUGCGAUCGCGCCGAGGGGCAGUUCGUCAUUGUAUACGGUUUCUGCGGCGUUGGUGCUGGCCAUUAUGCCGUUUACAGUGGGGGUGAUGAAGGGGACGAAUGAUCGGUUGAAGGGGUGGGCGGGGCGGGGGGUCGUGGAGGGGAAGAAUGGUGGGGAGGAGGAAGAGGUGGUGGGGUUGUUGAGGAGGUGGGCGGUGCUUAAUGGGGUUAGGGCUUUGUGGCCGUUGAUUGGGGGGAUCGUGGGGUUGGUGGCGGGGCUGCCUUGAUCUUCUUCUUAUUCUUUCUUUUGGUGACUAUUCCUUUUUCUAUUCCGAAGUGGAGGGGUGUCUUAUGGGUUGGUUGGAGUGGUUUAUUGGGAUGGCGUUAUGGUGAACAAUUUGAAUUAUCUGGGGCUAAGACCAUGCUGUCGUGUUUGAUGGAGCAUCGCUACUCACUAUUAAAUGAAAAUGCAGAUUUCCGGCUGAUUAUGAACCUAUGUUCGAAAUAUUGGCCAGCUGUAGAUGCG